AUGGGGAUGCAACAAAAGGUUCACCAACAACCUUCCCAUCUAGACAAAGGGCCUGCCAAGCAUCAAGAAGCCCAACCGAUUCCACAGCAGCAGCCGGUACCUGUAGCAGUCCCGGUGGUGAAGGAAACUCCUGCUCCGCCUCCACCGGAACCGGAGAAGCCGAAAGUCAACUGCCCGCUGUGCAAAACGGAGCUGAACAUCGGCAGCUCGGACCCACCCAACUACAACUCUUGCACCCAGUGUCACAGCCAAGUCUGCAACCUGUGCGGAUUCAACCCCACACCACACCUGGUUGAGCUGCCGCCACCCUCAGCCCUGGUAGAAUACACUGUUGGCUCAGACUCUUUGGCAGAAUCUCUGUACGAACGAUCAAUAUCAUCCACCCAGACAAACUGA